AAAGAGGAAAAAAGUAUCAAUCCUAUAGAGAGAGGGAGGAGAGAGAUGUAGAGAAUCCCACUUUACAGCGUACUCCCGUUCUAUUUUUAGGGUUUAAAACUGAUUUUGUUCCUCUCUGUUCACUUUCCCGCGGGUAAAAACCCCUGAUCUCAACCAUUCGUAUGCUCUCACUAAUAAAGAAGAAAUGGCUUUGGAAGUAACACAAAUCCUUUUAAAUGCCCAAUCUGUGGAUGGUACACUGAGGAAACAAGCGGAAGAAACGUUGAAUCAGUUUCUACAGACCAACCUACAAUCGUUUCUUAUCUCCCUCUCUGCAGAGCUAGCUAACAAUGAUAAACCCAUAGAGAGUCGUAAGCUUGCUGGUCUAAUGCUAAAAAAUGCUCUUGAUGCCAAAGACCAUAUUAGAAAGGCAGAACUAGCAAGAAGAUGGUUAUCAAUUGAUAAAUCAGUGAAGGAUCAGAUCAAAGUGUGCUUGCUUCAAACGCUUUCUUCCCCAAUUGCUGAUGCACGCUCUACCUCUUCGCAAGUAGUAGCCAAGGUAGCCACAAUUGAAUUACCCCAAAAUCAAUGGCCUGAACUUAUAAGUACCCUGUUGUUAAAUAUGGGAAGCCCACAAGUCCAAGCACCUACCCACCUUAAGCAGGCAACUUUAGAAACACUUGGUUACUUAUGUGAAGAAGUAUCCUCUGAUGUUAUUGCUCAGGAUCAAAUUAAUUCUAUUCUUACAGCUGUUGUCCAAGGAAUGAACAUUGAAAAGAAUAACGAAGUGAAGCUUGCUGCUACACGUGCUUUAUAUAAUGCUUUGGGAUUUGCUCACUCCAACUUUGAGAACAACAUGGAGAGAGACUAUAUUAUUAGAGUUGUUUGUGAGGCGACACAAUCCACUGAGAUAAAGACGAGGCAGGCAGCCUUUGAGUGCUUGGUUUCUAUCUCUUCUUUAUAUUAUGAUAAACUCUCUCCAUACAUGCAGAAUGCAUUGCUACCCAUAACAGUGAAGGCUGUGAGAGAAGAUGAAGAGCAAGUUGCACUGCAAGCCAUUGAAUUUUGGAGCUCAAUAUGUGAUGAGGAGAUUGAAAUUCAGGAGGAUUAUGGGGGAGAUUUUAGUGGGGAUUCUGAUCUUCCUUGCUUUUACUUUAUCAAGCAAGCUCUCCCAACUUUGGUUCCCAUGCUUUUAGAGACACUCUUGAAGCAAGAGGAGGAUCAGGACCAGGAUGAAGGGGCUUGGAAUCUGGCAAUGGCAGGUGGAACUUGCUUGGGCUUGGUUGCUCGAACCGUAGGUGAUGACAUUGUCCCUUUAGUCAUGCCCUUUGUUGAGCAAAACAUAGCGAAACCAGAUUGGAGACAGAGAGAGGCUGCUACUUAUGCCUUUGGUUCUAUAUUGGAGGGACCGUCGCCAGAUAAGCUAGCUCCCCUUGUUAAUGUUGCCCUAAAUUUCAUACUUAAUGCCAUGAAAGACGUUAAUAAUCAUGUCAAGGAUACCACAGCAUGGACAUUAGGGAGGAUUUUUGAGUUUUUGCAUGGACCCAACAUUGGUACCGCAAUUAUAACUGAAGUGAACAUCCACCACAUUCUUUCGGUUUUGAUUGAGGGCAUGAAAGAUGUCCCCAAUGUCGCUGAAAAGAGCUGUGGUGCCCUCUACUUUCUUGCACAAGGUUAUGAGGAUGGGGGAAGUGCUUCUUCCCCUUUGUUACCCUAUUUUGAGAAUAUUGUUCAGGCUCUUCUUGUAGUUGCUCAUAGGGAUGAUGCCAAUGACUCUAGGCUUAGGACCUCGGCUUAUGAGACAUUGAAUGAGGUGGUGAGAUGCUCGACUGAGGAAGCAGCCCCAUUAGUCAUGCAACUGGUCCCAGUCUUGAUGUUCGAGCUGAGCUCAACGCUUGAUACCCCAAAGUUAUCUUCAGAAGAGAGAGAAAAACAAAACGAGCUUCAAGGCCUACUUUGUGGUUGCCUGCAAGUCAUAGUGCAGAAGUUGGGGGCUUCAGAAUCUACAAAAUAUGGCUUUAUGCAGCAUGCGAAUCACUUGAUGAAUCUUUUCUUUAGGGUUUUUGCCUGCCGAAAUGCCACUGUCCAUGAGGAGGCCAUGCUUGCAAUAGGUGCAUUGGCAUAUGCUAUUGGCCAAGAGUUCUUAAAAUAUAUGCCUGAUUUUUAUCGUUAUUUGGAGAUAGGUCUUCAGAAUUUCGAAGAAUAUCAGGUGUGUGCCAUUACUGUGGGGGUAGUGGGUGAUAUUUGUCGUGCCCUUGAUGAUAAGAUCCUUCUAUAUUGUGAUGGCAUUAUGAUGCAGCUUCUUAAGGCUUUGUCGAGCAACCAAUUGCACCGAUCUGUGAAACCACCUAUCUUUUCGUGCUUUGGAGAUAUUGCUUUGGCCAUAGGCGAGAGUUUUGAGAAAUAUCUGAUCUAUGCUAUGCCCAUGCUCCAAAGUGCAGCAGAGCUAACAGCUCAGGCCACAAGUGUUGAUGAUGAGAUGAUCGAGUAUACUAGCCAAUUGAGAAAUGGGAUAUUGGAAGCUUACUCAGGGAUUUUUCAAGGUUUUAAGAAUUCGUCCAAGACUGGGCUGAUGACACCUUAUUCUCCUUACAUUCUUCAGUUCUUGGAGAGCAUUUAUCAAAUAAAGGACAUGGAGGAUCUGGUCACCAAAGCUGCUGUUGGAGUUCUCGGCGACCUAGUGGAUACAUUGGAUUCUAGUGCUGUUCCAUUGUUGCGCCAAUCUGUGUUUUACAAAGAUUUUGUGGACGAGUGCCUGUCUUCUGAUGAUCCUCAGAUCAAAGAAACUGCUGAGUGGGUACAACACACUAUUAACAGAGUUGUUUCAGGUUAAAGCAGGGGUUCAAAAGAUGGAUGUGUAUAUAUGUGUUCAUAAUUUACACCAUAUGGGAAUGCCAGCUGUUCUCGAAGAUUCUAUCUUAUGAAAACUGUUUGUCAGUUCUACUAAUGGUUGAUGGGUCUUCAGAUUUUGGAUUUGGGUUUUGGUCAAGAGGAUCUGGGUACGAAUUCCACCCCUCUGCUAAUCUUCUUUCCACUUUGUUGGUUAUUGGUGUUGGGUUUUGGUCAAGAGGAUCUGGGUAUGAAGCCCGUGGUUGAUCUUCACGCUCUUCCUCAUUUAUUGAAGUUGGGCUUUCGUCAAGACGAUAUGGGAAUGAAGCUCGUGCAAUGCUGAUAUUAAUACUCUCCGUAAGAUAUUGUAGUUGGGUUUUGGUCAAGAGGAUCUGUGUAUGAAACCAUCGGUUAUACUCUCUUCCUCAGUUAUUGGAGUUGGGUUUUGGUGAAGUUGAUGUGAGAAUGAAGCUUGUGCCUCUCCCGACCUUUACUCUCUUCCCCACUUAUUGGAGUUGGGUUUUGGUCAUUUGGAUGAAGCUCGUGCUUCUUCUAAUCAUUUAGCCUUUCUUUAUCAGUUUGGAUCUGGAUUUUGGUCAAGAGGAUCUGGUGCUUGGUAUUGGAAUUGGGGUUUGUUCAAGAGGAUUUAAUGAACAGUCAUGCAUCCUCUCCUAAUCUCCAUCUCUUUCUCAGUUAUCGGGUUAUGUUUUAUCCAAAAGUGUAUUUGAGGACAAAGGUCCAUAAUCUUAUCUCUGUUCACAGUUAUUGGUUUUGGAUUUGAUCAAGAGGCUCUGCACAUGAAGUCCAUGCUUCUGCUAAUCUCUCUAUGUCGUCUUCUUCUGCUUCUUCUUCUUCGCCUCUCUCUUUCUCUCUCUCUCUCCAGCUACACCCUAGAACUCCUAAAGGCAGGCUACGAUGACAAAAAAGUACUGGUUCUUGAGCAUCCAUUUUUGGGUGGAAAUUAAGAAAUUGUCAGGUGAUUGAACAGAGGGAUGCAGAUUUUCGUUUCAACAUAUAUGAGCAUUUCGUUGAGCUUUGGUUCAAUCAUGACUUACUCAGAAGUUCAUGGUAAAUUUAUCUUUUUCCAUGUCAUUUUUUGUUUAUACUUGGUUUCCACCAUUUUGUUUAUAUAAUUGCUGGUGUUCUUUUUCUUGUGCUGUUGUUUUAGUGAUGUGUUGAGGAUUAUUGGCCUCAAGUUUUCUGAUCUGGAUGUUUUCCAGAUUCUAAGAUGCUUCAGUGUCAAAUUUUCUUUUCCCUUCAGUGAAUUUGUUAUUUUCUUUCAUUAUCCGUGUGGCCUUGUGACAUUAGGAUACAAAGUUUAAGGUGAUUUGCAAUUUUAUUGUUUGCUGUC